AUGACUAACAAAGUUAUUCUAAUCUGUCUCGUAUGUGUUACUCUUUUUGCAAUCGCUGAAGGAUGUGGAGCUAAACCAAAAGAUCGACCAAGUAAAUCAUCUAGAGAAGAUUCAAAAGAAAUGAUGAAAAAGCCUAAACCACCCAAAAUGUCUGGGUCAAUGGAGGAUAGAUCAAAACGCUCCAUACCAGAUAAAGAUGAUUCGGAUCGUGAAUUGAAAAGAAUUUUCCCAUCUCAAGUCAAAGGAAGAUGGGCUAAGUCCAAAAUGCGACUUUGA